AGCCUUCUUCGAACACUUCUUUCCUCAUGUCCGAGUUAAAAACGGCCUCGACGAUCCUCGACAACGCCGCGUUUGUGUCACUCCCCGAUGGGCGGCAGCUGCAGACGUUCACCCUAGGCACAGGCGAGGACCUUGUUCUCUUUGAGGCGGGCGGCGCGGCCGCCGGUGCGAGCUGGGGCAUGGUUGUGGACGCGCUGGCUCCUCUGACCGACGCCAAGAUCGUAAUCUACAACCGCGCGGGCUACGGAUCCUCAUGGACGGCUUGGGAUCGGCGCACGCUCCCCGACCUCGUGAGCGACCUCACCCACCUCCUCGAGGCGUUUGAGUACCGCCGCCUUGUGCUGGUCGGGCACUCAUUGGGCGGCCCUAUCAUUCGCUCCGUCGCCUCCAUCCUUGGGAGCAAGUGCACGGGCCUCGUACUCGUUGACGCGACCGACGAGGGCAACCCCGAGUACUUUGACAAGAUGGAGAAGGCAUUCUACCGCAACUCGUGGACGUUCUUCCCCAAGGCCUUGUGGGGAUCACUCCGCACACAGAAGGAGCAGCAGCUCAAGGGCAUUCCUGAGCCAUACCGCUCCCAGGCGGUCGCCGACUCAUCGUCUCCCAAGGCCGGCUGGACCGCAGGGUACGAGGUGUCGAACAUCGUCCCGGGGCUGCGCGAGAUGAUUGCGACACCCCCGGUGCUCGCGGAGACAACCUACUUGACGGCCGUCUCGGGCCAGCUGCCGCCCGGCGCCAAGAUGCGCCAGGAGCAGAACGAGGCCCACCGCCGCCGCGCUGAGACGGCUGGCAGCCGCGGGAAGUACGUACCUGCACACAAGUCGGGGCACGCAAUCUACCAGAGCGAGCCGCAGCUCGUGGCGGACGAGAUCGCCGCGAUCCUCAAAGCGUCGCUGUAGACGCACAUGCGGCAUCCACAUGCCAGCUGGGCCCCUGUAUCUAUCUAAUUUCGUACAACUGGCUGUAUAGCUCUAUUUAUUUCUAGUGCCAUUGCAUGACAGACCCGGUUGACGUUCUUUCCGAGAUGAUGCGCCACACGGCAGCCUCGAACUCGGCCCGUCUUGCUGGGUGUGUCUCGUG